CCCAAGGGAAAAGGGUCUUCCACCGUCAUGUGACGCGGGCCCUCGCCCCACCCGUCUGCAGCCACUCCCUGUCUCCGUCCCAGGCUCGAGAGGACCACGUGACACUGUCGGGGACCAGUCACGUGAGGCGCGGAUUCUGGGUGGGAGGGGGUUGGCGGAGGGUUCCAGAGUGGCAGUAAAGGAGGGAGAUGGCGGGGUGCAGGGGGUCCCUGUGCUGCUGCUGCAGGUGGUGCUGCUGCUGCGGUGAGCGUGAGACCCGCACCCCGGAGGAGCUGACCAUCCUUGGAGAAACACAGGAGGAGGAGGAUGAGAUCCUGCCAAGGAAAGACUAUGAGAGUUUGGAUUAUGAUCGCUGUAUCAAUGACCCGUACCUGGAAGUUUUGGAGACCAUGGAUAAUAAGAAAGGCCGCAGGUAUGAGGCGGUGAAGUGGAUGAUGGUGUUCGCCAUUGGAGUCUGCACUGGGCUGGUGGGUCUCUUUGUGGACUUCUUUGUCCGCCUCUUCACCCAGCUCAAGUUCGGAGUGGUACAGACAUCGGUGGAGGAAUGCAGCCAGAAAGGCUGCCUCGCCCUCUCCCUCCUUGAGCUCUUGGGUUUCAACUUGACCUUCGUCUUCUUGGCAAGCAUUCUUGUCCUGAUCGAGCCAGUGGCAGCGGGUUCCGGGGUCCCUGAAAUCAAAUGCUAUCUGAAUGGCGUGAAGGUGCCCGGAAUUGUCCGUCUCCGGACCCUGCUCUGCAAAGUCUUUGGAGUGCUGUUCAGUGUGGCUGGAGGGCUCUUUGUGGGGAAGGAAGGCCCCAUGAUCCACAGCGGAGCAGUGGUGGGAGCCGGCCUCCCUCAGUUUCAGAGCAUGUCCUUACGGAAGAUCCAAUUUAACUUCCCCUACUUCCGGAGCGACAGAGACAAGCGGGACUUUGUGUCCGCUGGGGCAGCUGCUGGAGUUGCUGCAGCAUUUGGGGCCCCUAUCGGGGGUACCCUGUUCAGUCUGGAAGAGGGCUCGUCCUUCUGGAACCAGGGUCUCACGUGGAAAGUGCUCUUCUGUUCCAUGUCUGCCACCUUUACCCUCAACUUCUUCCGUUCUGGGAUUCAGUUUGGAAGUUGGGGUUCCUUCCAGCUGCCCGGAUUGCUGAACUUUGGGGAGUUUAAGUGCUCUGACUCUGAUAAAAAAUGUCAUCUCUGGACAGCUAUGGAUUUGGGUUUCUUCGUCGUGAUGGGGGUCAUUGGGGGCCUCCUGGGAGCCACAUUCAACUGUCUGAACAAGAGGCUUGCAAAGUACCGUAUGCGAAACGUGCACCCGAAACCUAAGCUCGUCAGAGUCUUGGAGAGCCUUCUGGUGUCCGUGGUAACCACCGUGGUGGUGUUUCUGGCCUCGAUGGUGUUAGGGGAAUGCCGACAGAUGUCUGCUUCGAGUCAAAUCGGUAAUGACUCAUUCCAGCUCCAGGUCACAUCAGAAGAUGUCAACUCAAGUAUCAAAACCUUCUUUUGUCCCAACGAGACCUACAACGACAUGGCCACACUCUUCUUCAAUCCCCAGGAGUCUGCCAUCCUUCAGCUUUUCCACCAGGAUAGUACUUUUAGCCCCGUCACUCUGGCCCUGUUCUUCGCCCUCUAUUUCCUGCUCGCAUGUUGGACCUAUGGCAUUUCGGUUCCAAGUGGCCUUUUUGUGCCUUCGCUGCUUUGUGGAGCUGCUUUUGGACGUUUAGUUGCCAAUGUGCUUAAAAGCUACCUCGGCCUGGGCCACGUCUACUCAGGGACCUUCGCCCUGAUCGGUGCCGCCGCUUUCCUGGGCGGGGUGGUUCGCAUGACCAUCAGUCUCACGGUCAUCCUCAUCGAGUCCACCAACGAGAUUACUUACGGGCUCCCCAUUAUGAUCACUCUGAUGGUGGCCAAAUGGACAGGGGACUUUUUCAACAAGGGCAUUUAUGAUAUCCAUGUGGGCUUGCGAGGGGUCCCACUCCUGGAAUGGGAGACGGAGGCGGAAAUGGACAAGCUGAGAGCCAGUGACAUCAUGGAGCCCAACCUGACCUACGUGUACCCGCACACCCGCAUCCAGUCUCUGGUCAGCAUCCUGCGUACCACGGUCCACCAUGCCUUCCCGGUGGUCACGGAGAACCGCGGCAACGAGAAGGAGUUCAUGAAGGGCAACCAGCUCAUCAGUAACAACAUCAAGUUCAAGAAAUCCAGCAUCCUGACCCGGGCUGGCGAGCAGCGCCGACGGAGCCAGUCCAUGAAGUCGUACCCGUCGAGUGAGCUGCGAAACGUGUGUGACGAGCACCUCCCCUCCGAGGAGCCAGCGGAGAAGGAGGACCUCCUGCAGCAGAUGCUGGAGCGGAGAUACACUCCCUACCCCAACCUAUACCCUGACCAGUCCCCGAGCGAAGACUGGACCAUGGAGGAGCGCUUCCGCCCUCUGACCUUCCACGGCCUGAUCCUGCGGUCGCAGCUCGUCACCCUGCUCGUCCGAGGCGUUUGCUACUCGGAAAGCCAAUCAAGCGCCGGCCAGCCGCGCCUUUCCUACGCCGAGAUGGCUGAGGAUUACCCGCGGUACCCGGACAUCCACGACCUGGACCUGACGCUGCUGAACCCGCGCAUGAUUGUGGAUGUCACCCCAUACAUGAACCCCUCGCCCUUCACCGUUUCACCUAACACCCACGUCUCCCAAGUCUUCAACCUGUUCAGGACGAUGGGCCUGCGGCACCUGCCUGUGGUGAAUGCUGUGGGAGAGAUCGUUGGGAUCAUCACUCGACACAACCUGACCUACGAAUUCCUGCGGGCCCGGCUUCGGCAGCAUUACCAGACCGUCUGACAGCCCGGUGCGGCCUCGCCGCCACACCCCAGCCCACCCUGUCCCGGGGCUGCCCGGGGGAGGGGGCGGCUCGCUCAUGCUUCGCUGCCACAGCCGGCUGGGGCUGUCAGGACACUGAAGAUUCCCACUCACCCACUCGCUCGGAAAGUCUGCGUUCAUCGAACACUUCGGCGGUCAGCGGUCCUGGGGAUGGUAUGUUGGACUGCGAGAGCCUGGGCCUGUCUGAUCUUCUCAGCAAGUAUCUUCCUGUUUCCUGCUCCCUGCUCUCUUGCCGUCCAGCCUGGGCCCCGGCCCCAGGCCCCUCCACCCGACGCGUGCCAGGACCAGAGGGGGCGUCAGGCCUCAGCCACGGGGGAGUGAUGCCCAGAGCAGUUUUCCUGCCCUCUUCUGCUGCUUUCCUAGGGAACCCAGGUGUUGCCUUAAACUGUAACAGGAGGGGCUUUGGCCAAGGCAAGUGCUGGGGCGAAAGCCAGUUGCAAAAUUAAGGGAAUUACCAAAUUUAGAGACUGAACCACAGAUAAUGCAUGUGUCGGGGGGACCUUCCAGCAUUGGGACUCUUGACAGGUGCCCAGUUUAUUUGAAGGGAAACACGGCUUCCAGGGGGAGCUGCUGCUCUGGGCUUACCUCCUCAGAAGCGCCGCCCUCCAGAAGCACAAGUCCCACGGACCGUCCCUGAAGGAGAAGUCCGAUGGGACGGUCCGACUUAAAGCCGCCCCAGUUUUUAGCAUUUACCGUGGCCCAUCCCUCGUCCCUCCCCUCUGCCCCGAGUUACUGACUUCCCAUGAGUUCUUCCACGUGUCUUCCUGGAGAUGCAGCCACAGCCCAGGUGUCUCCACCCCACCCCCCGCCCCAUUAGAUAAAAGGGCGCCCUGUGAUAUUGCUUGACCCGUCUCUGGGGAAUGAUACCGUUACAUCCGAGAUGGGCAGAAGCCAGUCCUGGGCCAGUGAGCACUACAGGAACAUGAUACGGCCUAGAAGCCAGAUUAGGACAGAACAAAUGGCUUAUUCCAGGAGGAGGGCGUGUGCCCGUCACACACCUGUCUUACCCCCUGCUGCUAGCCGUCCCCAGCCCACUCGGGCCAGCCAUGGAAACUGUGUUGCCAGGGGAUAGGGGUGGGAGGGACCCCUGCCAGCACGUGCCCCAAGGCCCGAGCACGAACCCUGGAAAAGGAGCCUCUCUGUCUCUCCAGGCUGGGGGGCCCUUUCUGGGGGCCCCCAGAGCGAACGCUUCGUUUCGGCUAUUUUGCACUUACUUUCCACUCGACCUCUGUGCCCUCCCCCUGACUUGCGUCCACACCCUAGGCCUGGGGUCACGCAGCCCUGGCGGAUGUGCUUUGGGACCCAAGAAGGCAUUUAUUUGCAUCUAAGUUUGCGUCGGGUUAUUUUGUCAGCUGUGGCAGUUCCCCGAGAACAUGGGCGCCUGCCCUUGACAACGCUGUCCUCUCGCGCUCUGCCUCUGGCCGACCGCCAUUGCCACGACUCCCGUGCGGUCUGGGAGCGCGCGCCCGUCUCGCUGCGGCCGGCCCAGGUCUUGUGCUCAGCACGCUCUGCUCCCCUAAGUGAGGCGGCUGUUUCAGGAUCUUUCCCACCUGGCUCCACCCUCCCCCCCAGUCCAUCCUUCCCAUUUUCUUAUCUCUUUGACCAAAAAUACUUUGACUUCUAAAUGUUUCAGCUUCCUUGGAUGCACUCGACCUGUGAGAUGUGGACGGGGGCCCCAGUAAGUAGUUGGGGAAAUCACAAGGACCAAAAAGGCAAGCGCUUCUGGAUGUGAUCGUGUUCAGCCCACCGCCAGUUCAUUUUAAGGCAGCACCCAGAGCGAGGCCGCGUUACUCGUUCCUUUUAUCAAGAGGGAAACCCAAGUCAGGAGAAGUCAGGACCGCCUGUCACAGACACCGAAUCCCCUCUUCCCGUACCUCAGUGAAACUGGCAGGACUAAGGUCCUGCUGGGGGGAACGUCUGGCCUCCAGGGCUCUGGGGUCACCAGCUGUCUGCCUCGAAGCUGCCCUGGGUGAAUGUUGUUGGAAUUUACCGCCCCUGCACUUCCGGUCCCCAGACACUUCAUCCCCACUAGACUAGCCCAGAGGUAACUGGCAGAACGCACACGCCUCCCUCCGCAUGAGCUGACUGCACGGCCACGAGGUCCCAAACUCAGGCCCAUCUGGAAAGGCACGUUGCUUCUUGUCGUCCGUGGGCGUCUGCCCUUACCAGAUUAGCCCAAAGAGAACCACUGCCCCACUUGUAACAAAUAACUGGAAGCCUCACUCCUUUGAUAGUUAGAAACCCACGUUGUCCAUGUCUCACCUAUUACCAGCCCCGUCGCCCCCGGCGGUGGGGCACGUCCACACGCACAGCUGCAGGGGGCUCGGGCCAGCAGGCCGGUGUUCUGUGUGCCUGCCCGUCUCCCGCUAGGUGUUUCACGGUCCCCAGCUGAGCGGCCUGGGAGGUAGGGAGCCAGAGUCCCUCCCGACCCUGGGACCUUGGCGCUCCGGGAGGAUUUGCUCAUGACCUUAUUUAACCAACGGUUCCUGGCUGGGAUGGACGCUUGCCUGCUUGCUUGACGUUUCUGAUGCAAAACUGUGUACUGCCACAGCCGUCGGAAAGAAAGCAAGCCCGCGGAAAGGCCGGAAGCUCCGUCCGGGGCCCUGUAGUGCCGGUGUGCAGUAUUAUCCCACAGCUCCCGAUCGUGGCAGGCUUCCUUUCUGUUCGCACUGUUGGUUUAGACAGUAAUACUAGCUAAUUCUGUUGUGUACAUACAUUGUAAUUUUUUUUUUAAUUUGUAAAAUUCUAUUUUUAUUUGAACUUUUGGAACUUGGAAGUUCUCAUUGUAACCGUAACAUGUCAGAAUAAAGUGUGUUCAAAUCUG